UGAUGGAAGGUACUAGAAGCCCAACCCGUCAAGAAAAGUCUAGACCCUGUCGUGUGAGUUCCCUCUGUUAGCAUAUAAAUCGAAGAAAACAGUGCGCCGCGCUGCCACCACCCCAAACAUGGACGCAUCCAAACUCAAAGAAUUGAAGCAUUUCAUCGAACAGUGUAAGUCCAACCCUUCCGUCCUCGCAGAUCCUUCACUCUCCUUCUUCCGCGAUUACCUUGAAAGUCUCGGCGCAAAGCUUCCUGAUUCUGCAUAUUCUAAAUCGAAGGACGUAGAGAACGAUGAGGACAUAGAGGAUGUUGCGGAGGAACAAGAGAAGGUGGAGGAAGAAGAGGAAGAUGAGAUAAUUGAAUCCGAUGUAGAGCUCGAGGGUGAAACCUGUGAGCCCGAUGAUGAUCCUCCACAGAAGAUGGGAGACCCCUCUGUCGAGGUCACUGAAGAGAGUCGUGACGCUUCGCAGGUGGCCAAAAUGAAAGCCAUGGAAGCGAUUUCUGAAGGUAAGUUGGAGGAGGCAAUCGAGAACUUAACCGAGGCAAUUUUACUCAAUCCCACCUCUGCCAUUAUGUAUGCAACUAGAGCCAGUGUUUACAUCAAAAUGAAGAAACCCAAUGCUGCAAUCCGUGAUGCAAAUGCUGCUUUGGAGAUUAAUCCUGAUUCUGCUAAAGGAUACAAGUCACGUGGCAUGGCACAUGCAUUGCUGGGUCAAUGGGAAGAAGCUGCAAAGGAUCUUCAUGUGGCUUCAAAGUUAGACUAUGAUGAGGAAAUAAGUGCUGUACUUAAAAAGGUGGAACCAAAUGCUCACAAGAUUGAGGAACACCGUCGGAAGUAUGAAAGGCUGCACAAAGAAAGAGAGGAGAAAAAAAAGGAGCGUGAGCGACAGCGUCGCCGUGCUGAAGCUCAGGCUGCAUAUGAGAAGGCUAAGAAGCAAGAGCAAUCAUCUUCCAGUAGAAAUCCUGGAGGCAUGCCUGGAGGGUUUCCUGGUGGCUUCCCAGGGGCUGGGGGCAUGCCUGGAGGCUUCCCAGGAGCUGGGGGCAUGCCUGGAGGCUUCCCAGGAGCUGGGGGUAUGCCAGGAGGCUUCCCAGGGGCUGGUGGCAUGCCUGGAGGCUUCCCAGGGGCAGGUGGCAUGCCUGGAGGGGUGCCUGGCAAUGUUGAUUUUAGCAAAAUCUUGAAUGACCCUGAUCUGAUGACGGCAUUUAGUGAUCCGGAGGUUAUGGCUGCUCUUCAAGAUGUUAUGAAGAACCCUGCUAAUUUGGCCAAGCAUCAAGCAAAUCCGAAGGUGGCUCCUGUAAUUGCGAAAAUGAUGAGCAAAUUUGGAGGUCCCAAGUGAACACCUUUAGAUGCUUAUUUUAGAUUUCAACAUUCCAGGCCUCUGCCAUCGGGUAUUUAAUGUUUAUUGAUAUUGCAUUUUUCAUUUUAACGAAUUGGUCAAACUUUUUACCAUUUGUAAGGCCUGUUUCUUAGGUGCUUAGCUCCUGUUGGUAGCCAUGUUUAAUUUUCAACAAUGUAAUGUUAUUUUCCCGAGUGAAUUUGAAUGUUUAAAGUUGAUAUUUUUUCAUUUCAGGAAAAAUAAAAUAAUAGUUUCUUAGCUUAGUUCACAGUGAUUA